AUGAGCGAAUUCCAACUCGUGUCGACCGAGCUAUCUUCCAAGUCUGCCGAGCAGCAGUCCGUCAAGGCCCAGAUCGAGUCUGCCAACCGACAAUUGCGACUCAUUGACCUUUCGCGCCAGCAGCUGGAGACUGAGAAGUCCGACGUGGUGUGGCAAGGCGUCGGCAAGAUGUUUGUCAAGAAGGACAAGACCAGCUACCUGGAGGAGCUGACCAAGGACAAGAAGAAGGGCGAGGAGGCUCUCGACACUCUCAAAAAGAAGCUGACCUACGUGGAUGUUUCUGUGGAGAACGCCCGAAAGCGUCUAGAGCAGCUACUCAAGGCUGCUGGUCAGGAACAAUGA